AUGGAAUUAUCAAAUAAUGAUCUGGAAGAAUAUGUGGAAAAACUUGAAAAUGUUUUCUAUAACCAAAAAUCCAAUAAAAAGAACCGAAAUGAAUUAUCAUUACUAAUUGAAAAUGUUUGCAAUGAAUUACGGAUUAGUAGAGACUCAGAAAAGUCAGUAGUUGAUAAUUUUCAAAAAUUACUAAAUAGUAAAGAUAAUGAUAUUAACGAUAAGUAUGUUCAACUUGAAAAUGUGUGUUACAAACAAAACAUUGAAAAUAAUUUAUUAAAAAAGAGAGUUGAGGAGCUCACUAUACAAAUUAAAUUAGAUUUAGAAGCUCAAAAGAAUGAAUAUGUGACAAAAAUUCAAGACAUAGAGGAGAAAUGUAACUCAGAAAUCACUAAUUUAAAAAAUCAACUGGAAAGUGGAAGAAUAUGUUACGAAGCAAAAGAAAAAGAACUUUACAAUGAUUUGCAAAUGGCGCAGACUGCGAAUGCGUUAGAAUGGAGUGAGAAGGAAUCACACCUAAAAAAUCAACUUACAGAUGCAACUUCAAAUUUGCGAUUUUGUAAUAGCAAAAUUAGGAGUAUGCAAUGUGAAAUGAAUCAAUUAAGAGCCCAAUUGACCCUUUUGAAACAUGCUCCCAAAGAAAAUGUACUUCAUUUUAAGCCAAAUCCUAUUCAACAAAUCAAGAGCAAUUUGGCUCAGAAACAAUAUCAAUUUUACGAAAGUGUUGAUUCAAAUUAUGACCAAAAUCUACCGUAUGACUCUUAUUACACAUCAAUAAUUUCUACAGACGUCGAAGAUAACAAUAACGAAAAUGUCGACAACUCAAUGGAUAAAAUCAAUCCUACUAAAAACCUAAAUAAUUUUACGGGACCUAAUUCUACUAUAACUGGUAAAACUCAAGCAGAUACACAAUUUGUAGGUUUGGAUAAUGGUCGUGAGAGUGGUCAUUACUAUCAACCCUUACCUACAAAUUGUUACACAUCAAAUAUGAAAAUAAACAAACAUGAGCAGAGUCAUACCCCAGAGCAACAAAAUAUGGAGUUUAAAGCACAUAACAAGACAAAUUUAUCAGAAUCUAAAAUUUCGAGCACUGUAACUAUCUUAAAUAAAAGUUCAGAAUCGCUAAACAUUAUUAACAAAGUGAACAAUAAUACUGGAGCGCGUUCUUCUGUAGUAAAUAUAGAAAAAACUUCAACCAGAAAAAAUAACUUACCUGCUUUGAAACCAUGCAGCACCAGUUCUAAUGUAAAAGAUUGUAAACGUAAAAAAGACAAUUAUAAGUCAGAAAUUAUUAAGAAAGCAAGGCUGUGUGGGGGAAAAUAUGAAAAUUGUAAAGGUAAUAUUGUACCUGCAAGAAAUCCAGGAGCAGACGAUCGUUGUCGCUUGAAGUGCUUUGACAAAGUUAAUGCGGAUGUAAGGGCUGAAAUACUUGCCAAAUUCAGAAGCAUGCUUACCAAGAAUGCACAAGAUUCAUACUUACAAGGGCUUAUGGGAAAGUGUGAGGUAAAAAGAGACAACCUCGAAAUAACAAUCCAAACUACAACGUCUUUGGAAUUCACAAUAUGCAAAAAAAAAACAAGGGAUGUUUUACACCUACCACGAGGAUCAAGCCAGAAAGGGUCCCAAUGA